GUUAUGUGAUUGGGCUUUCGGACCGGACGGUGCCCGCCCCUGAUUUUGGAGAUAACGUGGCCGACGUCGCCAUUUCCCCUUCCCUCCAGGAGUGAAGUGAGAACCGCCCCGCCAUGUUGAUGAGCGGAAGCCGGCUCCCCUUGCUCUCCUCUUCCGCGUCCUCCUCCGCCAUUCGAAGACUCUUUUCCCCUUCUUCGUCUUCGUCUUCGUCUUCGUCUUCUUCUUCUUCUUCUUCUUCUUCCGUCCGACGCCGCAGCCUCCUCUUCUCCCCGCUCCUCUAUUUCCCCUCGCGUCGCCGCCGCUGCUUGUCCUCCACCGCUAAAGCGACCAUCCAAAUCCAAACCCAAACCCAAACCCAAACCCUAUCCCAAGCGGCGGCGGCGGCGGCGGCGGCGGAGGAGGAGGAGGAGGAGGAGGAGGAGGAGGAGGAGGCGGAGGGGGAUGAAGCCGCUUCUCCGCCGUCGGAUCCGGUGAUUGCGGCGGCGCAGGCGUUGGACAUCAGAGUGGGUCGCGUGGUGAGGGCGUGGCGGCAUCCGGAGGUGGAGUCGCUCUACUUGGAGAAGGCGAAGGUGGGGGAGGCCGAGCCCAGGACCAUCUGCAGCGGCCUUGUGAACUACAACCCCUUCGACCUCAUCCAGACCAAUUAUGAAGCGGCAUUGGCAACAGAAACACUUCUUACUGGCGAAGAGGCAAUAAUAGCAGCAGCUGCUGCUGAGGCAGUUGCUCUUGCUAGAGCAGCAGUUGAAGUUGCCAAAGAUGCAGCUCAGAUGAUUGGAAAUGAUCCAUCUGCCAGAUUAGAAAAAUCAACAGAUAAUGUUUCAUCUGAUGAUAUCCUCCGGCUUGAGGGCCUUAGACUUGCCGAAAUGGAAUCUCUCCACACAAUCAGAUAUCCUGGUGCAACUGUAUCCGUAUCCCAAAACGAGCAUUAUCAGUUAAAGGACACUGAGCUUCCCGGUAUAAUGCUUGAUGAUGUUGAACUUCAAAAGGUGGAGAACACUCAGAGCAUAGCUGUGAGAUCUGGACGGCAAACUGAGAGAAGAGCAAGAAGAGCAAGAGCAGCCGAGAAGGCUGCUACUACCGUUAUUUCUGCGAAAUCAGGAUCAUCUGGAAAGAAAAAGCGAUCCACUUUUCAGGAGAUUGAUUUUACAGACCCUUUGCGUUACUUAAGGGCGACGACAGCUGCAUCAAAGCUUCUAACAGCAACUGAAGAACUGGAGUUGUCAGAAGGAAUUCAGGACCUUUUAAAGUUGGAAAGGCUCCAAGAGGAGCUUGCAGAACGCAAUGGUGGUCAGCCAAUCUUUGCUCAAUGGGCUGCAGCAGCUGGAGUUGAUCAGAAGACCCUCCGAAAGCGCUUGAAUUAUGGUGCCUUUUGCAAAGAUAAGAUGAUCAAAAGUAACAUACGCCUUGUUAUUUCUAUUGCUAAAAACUAUCAGGGUGCGGGAAUGAACCUUCAGGAUCUUGUUCAGGAAGGAUGCAGAGGCCUUGUAAAGGGUGCUGAAAAGUUUGACGCUUCAAAGGGAUUCAAGUUUUCCACAUAUGCGCACUGGUGGAUCAAACAAGCUGUUCGAAAGUCCCUCUCAGAACAAUCUAGGACAAUCAGGUUGCCGUUUCACAUGGUGGAAGCGACUUACCGCGUGCGGGAAGCCAAGAAACAGUUGUACAGUGAGAAAGGAAGGCAUCCUGAUUAUGAGGAAGUUGCGAAGGCAGCAGGGUUGUCCAUGAAGAGACUUGCGGCAGUAAUGCUAACUCCUAAAGCUCUGAGAUCUCUCGACCAGAAGAUUGGAAUCAAUCAGAGCCUCAAGCCUUCGGAAGUGAUUGCAGAUCCUGACGCAGAGACUGCAGAGGACAUACUCAUAAAGCAGUUCAGGAAGCAGGAUCUGAAUAAGGUGCUUGAUACAUUGAAUCCAAGGGAAAAACAGGUGGUGAGGUGGAGAUUUGGACUGGAGGAUGGAAGGAUGAAAACUUUGCAGGAGAUCGGUGAGUUGAUGGGCGUGAGCAGGGAGAGAAUCCGGCAGAUCGAGUCGUGCGCGUUUCGGAAGCUAAAGAGCAAGAAGAGAACGAAGAAUUUGCAGCAGUACUUGAUCUCAUGAGAAAGCUUUUUAUUGCAUUUCCCUUGAUUUCUCAUUUUCUUGCCAGCUAUGGCUUUCGAAAUUUACAUGCCCACUUCACCCACGGGCAUAACUAACUGUGCUCAAUAUGACAAACCUGUAAAUUUUUUUGUGCGGAAAAAUCCAUGUCAUCUUUGAAUGGAUCUUUUAUAAACUUGCCUGUUGGGAGAAAAAAGAAGUAAAUAGAAAGGUCGAUUCUUUCUUCCUUUUUCUUUUUUGAACUAGUUGGAGACAACAAACAGUUUUGUACAUAUAAGAAUUGUAUUAUUUAUUUGUUUAUUUUCUACUUUUAAUUCGGUUGAUAAAUACAUGGUUGUGAUU